CCGACCGGAACGGGGGUGGGGUGUACUGGGGUCAGGGUGAAUCUUACUAAGAAAAAUUUAAGCCAAAUACAAAGUCAAACAUUCAACACAGUGUCAAUGACAAUGACUUCAAAUGGCGGACGGUGUUCUCCUUCCUCGUUUCGUAAGUAUGAGUUGUCCGUAAGUCGGACGUUUGUAGCUUGGGGACUACCUAUACAUGCCUAAUGAAACGGAAGGCUAUGGAUCCCAACACUGAAAUAGUAUUAUACCAUUUCAGAUCGGAUGGUUGGGGAGCCGUUGCCUUCCUCUUUCCUAAUGUGGGUAUAACAAUAAUUCCAUUUCAGGUCAUUGAGCCGUAGACUCCCCUUUCAUAAGGCUGGUAUAACAAUAAUAAAUUUCAACUUUCUUCAGGUUUUUAUAAUGAUACUACCAUUUUAAUUUGGGGAGCCAUAGCCUCCCAUUUCAUUAGGCACGUUGAACACUCAUACAAUUUCAGUUUAGAGAGCUCUAGCCUCCCCUUUCAUAUGGCAGGUAGAACAAUUUCAAUGAAGGGAGCCAUAGCCUCCCGUUUCAUUAGGCAUGUUUAACAAUAACACCAUUUCAGGUUUGUCUGCCAUAGCCUCCCCUUUCAUAAGGCUCCUAUAGCAAUAAUACCAUUUCAGUUUGGGGAGCCGUAGGCCUCACCUGUCAUAAGGCAUGUUUAGCUGCUUUGGGGAGUUAUGGCUCCCCAAACUGAACUGGUAUUAUCGCUAUACAUGCAGGUUGAUGUCAAGCUCGCAAUUCGAUCUCGUAAAAAAAAACACUGCCACCAGUUUAAAUUCUCACAUGGAAUAUUAUGGAGGAUCAAGUACACCCUGUCCUCGUUAUAUGCGUCUUCGGACUAUGCAGAUUCACAGUUAUGCGAGGAACCUAUUUCUACCAACGUCUCCUUAUAUGCAUCCAAAACUCACAGUUACACGAGGAGCAUUGCUUUCCUGCCAAUACAAGUCGUGUGCACACCUCAUAUUCACUCCUGCCAGUCUCGUAUUGGUUUUGUUAACAUAUGGAAGCAUGAUCUUGGGCUCUUAAACUUCUGUUGGUUUUACCUGCAGUACAGUGAUUUUGUGCUUCAAAUAUUUAACUGUGCCGCAUAAUCAUCCAACAUUAUGUCCUGGGCCAUCAGCUGGGUGUCAGAGAACUGCUUUAACUCUUGAAAAAAAGUUGGAAAUUAUAAACAGCGUGGCAUCAGGUGAAGGUAACACAGCUCUGGGACGCUACUGCCGGGAACAGAAUCUUGCCUUCAAAGUUCUUAUGUUGCUUGACAAUGCACCAGCCCAUCCUAAACAUUUGGACAACAUUCAUCCUAACUGCAUUUCCUUCUGCCUAACACAACAUUGCUGAUUCAGCCACUCGAUCAAGGUGUGAUCCACAUUCAAGGAGUAUUUUUUUUAUGGCAAACUAUCUCUCAGAUGCUGCAAGCAACAGACGAUUUUGAAAUCCUGGGAGUUUACCAACUGUGAGGGAAUGGUGGAAAUUGGAACAUUUGGCACAAAUGGCAAUGGACAACAACCCAAGUUUAGAACUGAGUCUGCAUUUCAGUCGUUCCCUACAGUCAACCCUUCUUCCCUACAAGCAAAUUUGAAAAACAAAAUGCUGCCAAGCAACCCUCACCACUUCCUUCAAACCGGUGUCAUCUCCUGCUGCCGGGAGUUUUAAGAGUUCUGUGAGUCUUCCUUCACCCCUUGCUGUGUUUGAUAUGAUCCUGACAACCCACAACCAUCCACCUUAUCCAUGUAAAGCUGCCCCACACAACAUCCAAUCAUCUCCCGGAGCGAACACACCUGCCACUGUUGCAGAUGGAGCCCCACGGAGCAAGAGGCGUUGUGUUCUGGAACGCAAGCAGCCAUACAGUGGGGAUGAGUGGUACUCAGGACCAGACAGUGAGGACGAGGAUAAACCUGGAGUUACUGAUCACAAUUGUACCGUGGUGGAAUCUGCCUUUUCGGAGGGUGUUCAACCUUUUCCAAGCUUGAAUUGCCCCACGAGAGUAAAUGACAGUUCCCCUUCCAAAGUUCUUCACAACCCAGCAGGAGGGACCUGCCUGCAAUCAGACAGUGUCAACUGCAGGAACCCCAGCAAACCACCCUCGCAAUUUGUUUAUGUCUUCACAACUAACCUGGCUAACAUGGCUGCGGAGGCUGUAAUCCAGGGCCAGUCGGAUUCAAUUGUAAUCUAUCACAUGCACAACGUGCCUCACAUGAAACUGGAGCAAGUAUGCAAACAGAAAGCUUUCCACUCUGCUCAGAAAGGAUCCAGACUUCAGGAGCAGCCAUCACACAACACCCUUUCACCUCGCACUCACCAGCCACGUUCCCAGCAACAGGGCCAACAGUGCUUACAGGCACCUAGCUCAGUGCCUCAGGAGGAGGAAGUUGAACUUGAACCUUCACACUCGGAUAUGGUUUCCAAACCAAUAGAGAGCAAUGGAGGAGCAGGGAACCCCAAGUUCAGCAACAUGACCACCAAUCCAUUACAGGCAGUUUCAGCUAAUCCAGCCAAUGGUGGAAAUAUUGAGACAAACAAUUCAAAUGGGAAUGGAUCAUUGGUAAUAAACCCGCAUGGCAACAUUGAAGGCUUGUCCAAGGAGCAGCUGGAGCACAGGGAACGUUCCUUGAAGACCCUAAGGGAUAUUGAGAGACUCCUGCUACGGAGAAAUGAGAGUGAAUUUCCCAUGAAAGGCAGCUGUGAUCCCAAUGGGCAAGGAGAUGGGCAACAGGCUAUGAAGAAUCCAGUAGAACUUUUACAAUCCAUGAUUUCUCAAGGACAGACUUUGGAUGGACUUGAAGUGCCAAAUAUGGAGCAAGAGGUAGUACACCACCAAGAGGUGGUGGAGCAUGACCCCAUAGGACAACAGGUCAGCAUACUGAUGAAUAUGGUCAGCCAAGAGAAUCUGACUUCAGAACUAGCGGCCUGGAGGAAGCUUCAGGAGGACUUCUAUGAAGAAAAAAAGAAGAAACAGGAGCAGACUGUAGUUCAACAAAGAACAAAGCAAGAAAUGAUGAUGCAGCAGCCAAUGAUGGUGCGAGGACCUCCCCCUCCCUACCACAGCAAAGCUGGUGACCAGUGGUCAUCUGGUAUGGGCAAGUGGUUCACAGGCAUCAUGGACCUUCCUGAUUCUAUGCAACCCCGAGGAAUCACCCCUUUCUCUGAGCCUCGCUUUCCCAAUAGCCAGAUACAGAGGGUUAGUGGAUAUGGAGGAAUGCAGAAUAUACCGAUGGAAGCUUUGGAACUCAUGAACCCAGUGCAUGCUGGGAUUGCCUGGCCAGAUGAUAUGCUCUCAGUGGGAGGCAAAGUACACUUUCCCCACGGGGGCAACCUGUAUCAUCCUGUCCAAGGUAAUCCUGAGAGAUUCAGGAACCCUGGAGCCAGAGAAGAGUUAUUGAGGCAACAGCUGAUGGAAAAGAGAUCCAUGAGUAUGCAGUACCCACUGAAUUUGAACAACACCAACAGCAUUGGUGGCAUGAACCAGGGAAUGGAGAUGAAGCAAAUAAUGCAGGCACAGAGUCAAAUGGAGUCAGGAGCCAUCUCUGGGAUUUUCUCUGGGCAGUUACCUGGAGAUAAUGUGAAUGGAAGUCCAAUGGGUAUGGACUUAGUUGGGUCAAGGGGAAUGUUGAGCCCUCCACUAGGGCAAGCUGGACUUCUGCAUGAUAUGGAUGCCUCGAUAGGUCCUGGUAAUAUCAGUAUGAACAUGAAUGUAAAUAUGAACAUGAACAUGAAUCUCAAUGUCCAGUUGACACAUCGGCAGCAGAUGAUGAUAUCACAAAAAAUGAGGGGGCAGGAAAUGAUGUCACAUCAAAUUUUGACUCCAGAGGCGAUGGCAAGAGUCAGAGCACAAAAUGGCAGUGGGAUGAUGGGUGACCCUCAGAAAAUGUUGAUGAAGCCACAAUUCCCUAAUCAUAGACAACAUGGUUUUCCCAGUGGUCAAGGGCUGUAUUCCAGUAUGUCUCAGGAAGUCACUAAUAUGGAUAAUUCUGGAGAGAUGUUUGGUACUGAACAAGGCACUAUGUCCAUGAAUAACAUGAGCAGUGUAGGCAUACUGAGCCAUGUGCAAAUGACACCAACUUCAAAUCAGUCCAGCAAUCACAGUAAUAUGACUGUGAUACUUCCAGCAUCCCAAAGGGAGCUAGGCCGAAGACCCUCUGACCUUAUGAUCAACAUCAAUCAAAUGGAUUCUCCCGACGUGGGUCACCUAAAGUCAUCAACCAUCAGCCAGGUUCACUCUGCCCUGGUCAGCUCUCCAUCUGUCAACCUCAAGUCACUCCAAACACCAUCUCAGCUGCCAAACUUGUCUGCUAAUGCCUCAGAACCAAUCAAAUCACCCCAGCUCAUGAGCUCAUCGCUUCCUAUACACUCUUCAGCAAGCUCUCCCAGUCAGUUAAAGUCACCGUCAGUGUCUGUUCCCUCACCUGGAUGGACCUCAUCAACUAAGACCACACUACCAAGUCCUGUGAUCACCCAGAGCAAACAGCCAAUGAGCUUGAACUCUUUUGCCCCUGUGGGAAACACUGAACAAGGUCCUAUUGUAUCCACCUCUCAUUGCAGUCCUGCCCUUGGUUUGCCUUACAACUCACACAAUUCAACAGCUUCCCAGAACCCUCUGUCACUCAUGGUGUCACAGAUAUCUAAGUACACCAUGCCAAGCUCCACCCCACUUUAUGAUGAUACUAUUAAGACCAUUGCCACCUCUGAAGAUGAACUGGCCCCAGAGCAGUCAAUGUCAAUGAUGCAGCCCACAAGUAUCUCUGGAAUGACUGAAAGCCAAAAUCUGCAGCUACGUAUGGCACCACAGAGUGCUAACAGUCCCCUGGCAAUGAACAUGGUGGGGCAGCCCUUGUCCGAUGAAUCAUCAGCUCCCAAGAUGACAUCUCCUAAUAAGAUGAGACCCAACAUCCCCAUACAAGAGACACAUGACCCUGGAAUGAAUGAACAAAGCCCCACAAUGAUGCACUCUGCCCAGGAUUUGCUGGGGCAAACUUGUGGCUCAAUAAUCGGCAGUGGUUCCCAGAUGCUACCUCAGAAAUCCAUGGUCCUCCAGCAAAUGCAGCACCAACCCCACAACACUCUGCAAUCUCCAGGUUCCAGGAUGCAUCAGGGUUACACCCCAGGGAUGGCCAUGCCCCACGAGGAAGGUGUCCCACCCCAUGGAGUCCCCACUGGACCAUCCCCUGCCCAUCCACAGCAGCUCCAGCCUCCUCACCCUCCACCUCUAUAUUUGUUGAGUCAAGGUGGAGGUGAAGGCUACCAGCUAUCGGGAGUGGCUUCAGUCCUCAAUGACCCUGAGCUCCAGGAUGUUAUCCGCCCCUCAGCAAGUGGGAUUCCAGAGUUCAACUUGUCACGCAUCAUUCCUUCCGAUAGACCCAGCAGCACACUACAGUAUUUCCCCAAAGAAGAAUCCCAGGCGUCAAAGGCCUCAUCUUUCAACCCUCACCUUGUAAACCUUCAGAAUAUGACCUUGUCCCACGAGCAGGGUCCCACAAACAGAUCUAAUCUUCCAGGACAGCGGCAGCUGCAAACACCACCGCAGCAGCAACAGCAACGGCAGGUGGUGCAGAAGAGUCUGGGCAAGCAUAUUUUCCACUCAAGGCAAGUGCCAGGUACAAUUAUGGCAAAGACAGGGAUGCCAGGCCAGCAUGGUGUAAUAUGCAACAGUCUACACCAGGUAGUCAUGUCACCACAGCAGAGCCCGAUGGCCCAACAGAACAUGAUACUACAAACCAAACAAAGGAGCCUCUCACUGUCAGGGGAGAUGUACAGACAGGGUGGUCACAUGCUUCCUUCACAGGUGGGCAUGCUAGGAACAUCACCCCACCAAAGCAUGAUGUUCCCUCAGCUGUUGAGACAGAGGAGCGCAUCCUUAGAUGUACCCAUCACCUUUGUACCAGGACCAGGGAACACUGCCAACGUUCCCUUUUAGCUCCUUACCAAUUUUUCGGAGAAAAUACAAUUUACACAAGUCAUAAAGUGACAGCUGUUGAAAACUAAAAAUAAUUUUCUUAUGAAAAAUAAGAUCCAGAACUGAGGAGGUACAGAGUUUAUACCAAGGCAGGCUGGAAAGUGGGGUGGUUGGGAAAUGUGGGGGUAAAAGAUUAUAUUUUAAUUGAGUGAGCUUAUUCUAAAGACAUACAGACAUUUUUGGUUUUAUUUUUCUCUCUGUCUCUUUUUGUCUGCUGCCUCUCACAAUCUCUCCCCCUCUCUCACUCUCACCCUCUCAUUCACUUUUGUCACUCUCUCUCCCUCUUUCUGUCUUCAUCUCUCACUCUCUUAUUCUCUCACUUCCUCCUCUCUAAAUCUCUCUCUUUCGCUCUCUCUGUCUCUCACUCAUUCUCUCUCUCUUACACACAUCUGGUUUCCACACCAUUUGGGCAAAUAGAUUUUAUUAUUGCUGUAAAUAUUCUCCCUAGAAUUGUAAGUUGUUUUAUGAUACGUAACUCUUGUCUUUUCCUGAGAACCAUCUGGAAUUGUGAGCAAAGAUCAAGGAUAGAUUUGGAGGAGACCUUGUGAAACAAGCCCAGCACUCCCUAACAACAAAUCUAUCUGUCUGAAAAUGUGUCCUUCAAUUCAACACAACUCAGUUUGCAUUUCAGUAGGGGGGAAAAUGAUGGGGGCGCUUUGGAGAGGGAAAUGUGUAUGAGGGGAGGGUGAAGAAAUAAGAAUAGCCCCAAGGAUUAAGAGCUAAAUAGUGUCUCAAUAGGUCUUAUUCAGUCAAGGUUCUUUUAUUCUCAUCAGAUGAUUGUUCAAGAGCACUAUGUGUGUGUGUGUGUGUGUUUGUGUGUGUGUGUGUGUGUGUGUGUGCGUGCGUGCGUGUGUGUGUUGUGUGUGUGCGUGUGUGUUGUAUGUGUGUGUCUGUGUGUGUGUGCGUGCGUGUGUGGGUUGUGUGUGUGUGUGUGUGUGUGUGUGUGUGACUGUGAGUGGGUGAUUGUGCAUGCAUGGGACAGUGCUGUAAUUAUAUGGUUAUGUAAGAGAUUUAACUUGGGGGAGUAAUGAGUUGGGGGAGAGGAUCCAAGAACUGAUGAAACAGUAUUGAUUUGUAGACCUAUAUGGAUGGAAAACCAGCUGAGUAAAAGAUGAGUUCAGUUGUGGAAGUUCUUGAAGGGAAUGGGUAAGAUAAAUUCCUCUCCCUCUCCCAAACAAAACACAACAUGUGUAAAAAUUUAAUGGCAAAUGAUCAAAACAGUCUAGAUUUGGGAAAAUUCUGUUGAUUUUUGAAGUGAUGGACAGACUCUGAGGGUUAUUAAGUAAGCAAGGGUUGCUGGACUAACAAUUUCUUCCGUGACAGAUCAGGAGGUUCCUAACAUGUAUAUGACUGGAUGAAAAGGAGAUCAAGUGGAUGAAGGGGUUUACAAGAGAGGCAAAUGUAUGCUAACCCAAAGCAUUACACAAAUUCUGAAUAUAUCCUGAAAUAAAGCAAGACAUAGUUAUCACUAUCAGGUAGUAGUCCAGAAUUCCUUAUCAAUUGAUUGUUCUAAUUGUAUUGGUGUUUAUAACUGUAUCUCAUACUGAAUACACUCUGGCUCUCAAAUGUAACCAAAUCCAAUUAUGUAACUCAGACUAUGAAAGCUUCCCACUGGAGCUAGUGUUUUAGGUGGUCUAGCAAGGAUCUAAGAAAAUUCUGUCUCAAACAGUCACUCACAAUCUGACAUGUGGUGGGAAAAAGGAGGGUUUACUCAAACAGACUUAACUGCCACAGACCUUUGAUAUUUUUUUGCACUUUUUGGUCCCGAGGCUUGUUUUGCUUGCAUAAUAAUCUGGAUGAUGGGCUGGUAAAUUGGAUUAGUAAGUAUGCCGAUGAUACUAAGGUAGGAGGUGUUGUGGAUAAUGAGGUGGAUUUUCAAAGCUUGCAGGGAGAUUUAUGCCGGUUAGAAGAAUGGGCUGAACGUUGGCAGAUGGAGUUUAAUGCUGAGAAGUGUGAGGUUCUACAUUUUGGCAGGAAUAAUCCAAAUAGAACAUACAGGGUAAAUGGUAGGGCAUUGAGGAAUGCAGAGGAACAGAGAGAUCUAGGAAUAACUGUGCAUAGUUCCCUGAAAGUGGAGUCUCAUGUAGAUAGGGUGGUGAAGAGGGCUUUUGGAACACUGGCCUUUAUAAAUCAAAGCAUUGAGUACAGAACUUAAGAUGUAAUGCUAAAGUUGUACAAGGCAUUGGUAAGGCCAAAUUUGGAAUAUUGUGUGCAGUUCUGGUCACUGAAUUAUAGGAAAGAUAUCAAUAAAUUAGAGAGAGUGCAGAGACGAUUUAUUAGGAUGUUACCUGGGUUUCAGCAAUUAAGUUACAGAGAAAGGUUGAACAAGUUAGGUCUCUAUUCAUUGGAGCGUAGAAGGUUGAGGGGGGAUUUGAUCGAGGUAUUUAAAAUUUUGGGAGGGAUAGAUAGAGUUGACGUGAACAGGCUGUUUCCAUUGAGAGUAGGGGAGAUUCAAACUAGAGGACAUGAUUUGAGAGUUGGGGCAGAAGUUUAAGGGAAACACGAGGGGGUAUUUCUUUACUCAAAGAGUGAUAGCUGUGUGGAAUGAGCUUCCUGUAGAAGUAGUAGAGGUCAGUUCAGUUGUGUCAUUUAAGGUAAAAUUGGAUAGGUAUAUGGACAGGAAAGGAGUGGAGGGUUAUGGGCUGAGUGCAGGUAGGUGGGACUAAGUGAGAUUAAGGGUUCGGCACGGACUAGGAGGGCCAAGAUGGCCUGUUUCCGUGCUGUGAUUGUUAUAUGGUUAUAUGGUUAAUACAGACAUCCAUAAAAUAAAUGAAAUCAUUUUAAAAAUGGAUUUGCAAAGAGAAGAAUACUUAAUCAGCAUUGAAAGACUAUUUCUGAAUGCUUUUGAAAUCCCUGAAACCAGAUAUUCAAUGAAUGCAGGGAAACUUGGGCUGUAGAGGAAGCUCCCAAAGAUGAUGAGGAAAUCUCUGAAAAAUGGUGUGGAAAAAAAGAAAACGUUAGAUGUUGGUGGACUGUGAUCUUCCCAGGUUCGAUGAAGGAAACUCAAGGGAGAAUGUAUCAGUUAGAAAGAUCAUUGCAAGGGCAAGUGAGUUAUGAGGAAAUAAAUCAAGUAUAGGAAACAGGAAGGAUGCAUUUUAUCUUAACAUGUUCCUUUCCAGAAUCAACAACUUCUGCCUUUCUAAACUUUAGAAGCUUAAGUGGUCAUCUAAUCAUGUUUACAGAGUAAUCCCAUCUUCUCUCUUAGUUUAUUGGUACCCUUGUAAAGUCUCUGCCUUAUCAUUUGUGGUAGCAUCAUCCUUGCCUUUCUUGCUUAUACAAGGGUGAAUUUAUUGCUGUCACUUAUGUUGCUGACUCUGUCUUAAUAAACAACCUGGAUGAACUCAGCAGGUCGGGCAGCCCUUCAUCAGGACUGACGAAGGGUCUCGGCCUGAAACGUUAACUGCUCAUUUCAACGGAUGCUGCCCGACCUGCUGAGUUCAUCCAGCUUGUUGUACAUGUUGCUUUGACCCCAGCCAUCUGCAGUGUAUUUUAUGUUUAAAAUACAACCUAAUGUUUUGUACUUGGACCCUCCAACGUAUGGAUCCAUCAGUAUCCGUAAUUGGUUAGCUAUAUGUCCUAACUAAGUCAAUGAUAAAAUGAAUGUGAACAGAAGAGGUGGUUCUAUAUGUUCAUCUAAGCACCACAAGGUUGAGAUUUCAAGUGCAGCACCACUUGGUACUUUGUAGGCUAAGCUGUAAGAGCAUUCUUCUGUCAUGUCAUAGGGAGAAGCGAUUAUUGAAGACUUUUUAGCAGGAUACGGUGAAAUUGUGAUAAAAUUAACAUGGUUGUGAAAGAACUAUACACACUAUCCUCAUUAUAUGCAGGGGAUACGUUCCUCACAGUUGAUGCAUAAUGCAAAAUCGCAUAAUGUGAAUAAUUAUUUAAAUAGAGACGCAUUCCAGAGGGCUUCCUAAUGUGAUUUAUCUGCAAUUUAUUCGCAUUUUCAUACCAAAAGCAGUACCACAAGGUAAUAUUUAUAUUAUAUUUCAUCAAAUUAAGGUAAUAUUCAAUGUAAUAAAUCAUGGAAAGUUAACAUACUAGGGUGUACAGUACUCACCAACAGUGGCAGGUGUGUUCGCUCCGGGAGAUGAUUGGAUGUUGUGUGGGGCAGCUUUACAUGGAUAAGGUGGAUGGUUGUGGGUUGUCAGGAUCAUAUCAAACACAGCAAGGGGUGAAGGAAGACUCACAGAACUCUUAAAACUCCCGGCAGCAGGAGAUGACACCGGUUUGAAGGAAGUGGUGAGGGUUGUUUGGCAGCAUUUUGUUUUUCAAAUUUGCUUGUAGGGAAGAAGGGUUGACUGUAGGGAACGACUGAAAUGCAGACUCAGUUCUAAACUUGGGUCGUUGUCCAUUGCCAUUUGUGCCAAGUGUUCCAAUUUCCACCAUUCCCUCACAGUUGGUAAACUCCCAGGAUUUCAAAAUCAUCUGUUGCUUGCAGCAUCUGAGAGAUAGUUUGCCAUAAAAAAAAUACUCCUUGAAUGUGGAUCACACCUUGAUCGAGUGGCUGAAUCAGCAAUGUUGUCUUAAGCGGAAGGAAAUGCACAGUUAAGUUAGGAUGAAUGCUGUCCAAAUGUUUAGGAUGGGCUGGUGCAUUGUCAAGCAACAAUAGAACUUUAAAGGCAAGAUUCUGUUCCCGGCAGUAGCGUCCCAGAGCUGUGUUACCUUCACCUGAUGCCACGCUGUUUAUAAUUUCCAACUCUUUUUCAAGCAUUAAAGCGUUUCUCUGAUCACACAUCCACACCUUGCCAAAACCAUUAGGAGACUGGCAGAAGUGAGGCGUGCACACACGUAUUGAGCAGGAAAGAGAUGCUUCUCGUCCCAACAGUGACACUGUGACUUAUAUUGGUAGGAAAGCAGCGCUCUUCACAUAACUGUGAGUUUUGGACACAUAUAAAGAGACGUUGGUAGAAAUAAGUUCUUCGCAUAACUGUGAAUCCGCAUUGUCUGAGGACGCAUGUAACAAGGAUAGGUUGUAUUUAAUGCAUUUAUUUAACAUUCUUUAAAGAAAUACUAUGCUCUACAUAAAGGGCAAGUGAUGUUAUAAACUUAGAUCUCCAGAAGGCAUUUGAUAAGGUGGCAUAAAAUAGGUUAUUGGAGGAAAAUAAAGACUUAUGUGAGGACUUAGCUAGUUAACAAGAAAUGAAAAUGAGAAUUAAUGUCUCUUUUUUUGAUUAGUAUGUGGUGACAAGCAUUGUGCUGGAAAUUGAACAUUGUAGUUUAUAUCACCAAAGUCAUCAAAGGAGUGGAUACAAUGAGAUAAGAAAAAGUGAACGAGAUAUGACGCGAUGAGGGUUUUGGAUAGGGUAAGUGAAUGGGCAAAAAUAUGGCAAAUUGUCCCUUUUGGUGGGAAUCUUUUAAAAGCAAAUCAAAGUCCGAAGUAAAAUACAACCCUAAGAUGCUUAUUAUCUGUGGGCAUACCGAGCAAAUCUAUGGAAUAGUUACUGUAAACAGGAUCAUUGAACAACAAACUGUGCAAAUGCCAUAAAUAACAAGAGCAUGAAAUAACAAGAUAGUCCUUAAAGUGACACCAAUCCUUGUGCGAACACCAGAAAUAGAAUGUGUGUAGUUAUCCCCCAUUGUUUAAAAGCCUGAUGGUUGAGGGAUAGUAACUGAUCUUGAAUCUGGUGGUAUGAGUCCUGAGGCUCCUGUACCUUCUACCUGAUGGCAGAAGAAGAGCAUGGCCUGAUAAUAAGCUAAUCUCUAAAAAAUUUCAGAGCUCUCAGCCACAGGCAUACCAAAAUCAUCCAACUUACAUUUGAACUUUACAGUAGUUCAUUUGCAUUUUGCACACUCAUUUUUUAAAACUUUUUUUAUUGAUUUUUCAAAUAAUUACAGAAAUAAAAGGAAAUAUAUGAAAAGAAAAAAAAUAUAUAUAUACUCUACCCCCCUCCCCCUUAACCCCUCCCCCUUAACAUCCCUAUAUAAAAAAGAAAGAAAGAGUGCCUGGAUAUCGGAAGAUCCCCACAUGCUCCAUGGAGUUCGUAAUAACUUUAGUAUAUACAUUUAUUUCUUUCCCCAAAUAACCAAUUAUUUCAUCUUCGGAGCACCUAUAUAUUUAAUCCUGUCUUUUGUAAAUAAGGGCACCAAAUUUUCAAAAAUGUUUCAUAUUUAUCUCUUAAAUUGUAAGUAAUUUUUUCAAGUGGAAUACAGCCAUAAAUUUCCUUCUUCCAACAAUCUAUACUUAAAUAUGUAUCCAUUUUCCAAGUUUUAUCCCUUCAAUAUCGCUUAGUAAAAAUAAUAUUGGAUUAUGUGGAAGUUGUGUUCCAAAAAUUUGUUCCAAUAAAACUCUUAAAUUUGUCCAAAAAGGUUGAAUUUUAGAACAAGACCAAGUAGAAUGUAAAAAAGUACCGAUGUCUUGUUUACAUCGAAAACACUGAUCGGAUAAAUUUGGGUUUAAUUUAUUUAUUUUUUGUGGUGUAAUAUAUAAUUGAUGUAAAAAAUUAUAUUGCACUAAUCUUAACCGGACAUUUAUUGUAUUUGUCAUACUCUCAAGACAUAGCCUUGAUCAAUUUUUUUCUUCAACUUUAAUAUUCAAGUCACUUUCCCAUUUUUGUCUUGACUUAUGGACUCCUUGUUUAAUUGCCUGUUUUUGAAUCAUGUUAUACAUACAAGAGAUAAAUUUUUUAAUCUUUCCUUUUUGAAUUAAAGUUUCUAUUUCAUUAGAUUUUGGCAAUAACAUUGUUUGACCCAAUUUUUCUCUUAAAUAAGCCCUUAAUUGGAAGUAACAAAAAAGUGUUGUUUGAUAUUUUUCUUUAAUUGAUCAAAUGACAUUAAUAUACCUCCUUCAAAACAAUCUCCUAUAUAUCUAAUCCCUUUUUGAAACCAAUUAUAUAAAAGUUGAUUAUCCAUUGUAAAAGGAAUAAGUCUAUUUUGAAUUAAAGAUCUCUUUGCUAAUAAAGAUUUCUUUGUCUCAUCAUCAACAUUUAUCUUAUUCCAUAAGUCAAUCAAGUGUUUUAAUAUAGAAGAUUCUUUCUUUUCCCAUAUCCAUUUAGAUUCCCAUUUAUAUAUAAAAUCUUCUGGUGUAUUUUCUCCUAUUUUAUCUAGUUCUAUUCUAAUCCAUGCCGGUUUAUCUUUCUCAAAAAAAGAUGCAGUAAAUCUAAGUUGGUUUGCUUUAUAAUAAUUCUUAAAAUUUGGAAAUUGUAACCCUCCUAGAUCAAAUUUCCAUGUCAAUUUUUCCAACGAUAUUCUUGACAUCUUACCUUUCCAAAGAAACUUCCUCACAUAUUUGUUUAACUCUUGAAAAAACUUCUGAGGUAGUUGUAUUGGUAAUGAUUGAAAUAGGUAUUGUAGUCUAGGGAAUAUAUUCAUUUUUAUGGUAUUUACUCUACCUACUAAUGUUAUUGGUAAUACCAUCCAUUUAUCAAGAUCUUCUUGAAUUUUUUUCAGUAAUGGUAAGUAAUUUAAUUUAUAUAAGUUUAUAUCAUUAUCAACUCUUAUACCUACAUAUUUUAUACCAUUUUUCGGCUAUCUAAAUUGAGAUAUUAAUAGACAUUGACUAUAAUCUCCUUUAGUAAGAGGUAAAAUUUCACUUUUAUCCCAUUUUAUUUUAUAACCUGAUAUUUUCCCAUAUUCUUCUAAUCUAUAGGAUAAUUUACGCAAUGAGUGCAAUGGGUUUGUUAAAUAAAGCAGAACAUCAUGAGCAAAUGUUAAUCUUAUAUUCUUCCUGAUUAACUCUAAAACCAUUAAUAUCAGGGUCCAUUCUAAUUAAUUCAGCUAAUGGUUCUAUCGCCAACACGAAUAAAGCAGGUGAUAAUGGACAACCUUGCCUAGUUGACCUUGUUAACUGAAAUGAUGUUGAAAUUUGACCAUUUGUCACUACUUUAGCUUUGGGAUUAAUAUUUAAGGUUUUAAUCCAUUUUAUAAAAGAUACUCCUAAUCCAUAUUUUUCCAAUACUUUAAACAAAAAAUCACAUUCCAAUCUAUCAAAUGCUUUUUCUGCAUCCAAAGCAACUGCCACACUCAUUUCCUCCCUCUUUUGUGCCAAAUGAAUUAUACUAAAUAACCGAGUUACAUUAUCUGCCGAUUGUCUAUUUUCAAUAAAUCCUGUUUGAUCCAAAUGUACUAAUUUUGAUAAGUAUUUAGAUAAUCUGUUAGAUAAGAUUUUUGCUAUUAUUUUAUAAUCAAUGUUUAAUAAAGAAAUAGGUCUAUAUGAUGCUGGCUUUAAAAGAUCUCUAUCUUUUUUUGGCAAUUCUAUUAAAAUAGCUGUCGAAAAAGAUUCUGGAAAUUUAUGCGUUCUUUCCGCUUGAUGUAUUAACUCCAUAAAAGGAGGAAUUGAUAAAUCUUUAAACUUUUUAUAAAAUUCAGGAGGAAAACCAUCUUCUCCUGGAGAUUUAUUACUUUGAAAUGAUCCCAGAGCUUCUUCGACCUCUUUCAAUGUAAAAGGCAUAUCUAAUCCCUUCUGUUCUUCCGUAUUUAAUUUUGGAAUAUUUGUGAUAAAAAUCUUUCUAUCUUGACAUUAUAAUUUUGUGAUUCUGAUUUAUACAACUCAGAAUAAAAAUUCUUAAAAGUUUCAUUAAUUUCUAAAGGUUUAUAAGUAAUUUUAUUUACUACUGUUCGAAUUGUAUUUAUCGUUUUAGAAGGCUGGUCUGUUUUUAACUGCCAUGCAAGGACCUUAUGUGAUCUUUCACCUAGUUCAUAAUAUCUCUGUUUAGUUCUCAUAAUUGCUUUUUCUGUUCGAUAUGUCUGGAGUGUAUUAUAUUGUAACUUCUUAUUAAUAAGUUGUCUUCAUUUUUCUUGUCAUAUUCCUUUGAGAUUCUUUUUCUAAUUUUGUAAUCUCUUUUUCCAAUUGAUCUAUUUCUAUCAUAUAUUCCUUCUUAAUUUUAGAAGUAUAACUUACUAUCUGACCUCUCAAGUAUGCCUUCACUGCUUCCCACAAUAUGAAUUUAUCAUUAACUGAAUGUGAAUUUGUAUCUAAAAAGAACUGAAUCUGCUUUUUCAUAAAAUCACAAAAAUCUUGACAUUUUAGUAACAUUGAAUUAAAUCUCCAUCUAUAAAUCGAUUCCUCUUUAUCUGUCAUUAUCAAAGGAGAAUGAUCUGACAAUAUUCUUGCUUUAUAUUCCACAUUUUUCACUCUAUCUUGAAUAUUCGUUGAUAAUAGGAAAAAAUCUAUCCUUGAAUAUGUUUUAUGUCUAUUUAAAUAAAAUGAAUAAUCUCUUUCUUUUGGAUUAAUUCUUCUCCAUAUAUCAAUC